AUGGUCAGAGCGGACGGUGUCAACGCCGUGCCCGCAGUGAGUGUCUGGAAGCCUCUGCCUUACUUCCCCGGCAGCGGCAGCGGCACCGCAGCCCCCGCCCCAACUCCCCAGCGCCAGCCCAGAUCAUCCCGCAUGCCCCCCUCCGACGACCGCCCUGAAUCCUCCUCCUCAGACCCUGCACGCAAACACACUACCCGCAAGAGACACAUCACAGGCGUCUGGCCAUGCAAGAUCAACGGCUGCAACAAGCAGUUUGCCCGCGAGGCCGAUUUGAAACGCCAUCAGAGGACCACAAAGAUGCACUCCAUGCCCAGCUUACACGACGGUGUAGUGAUCAUGACCCCCGAGAUGGGCAACGACGAGGACGAGAACGGCCGCAGUCGAAGCGGCACGCCGUCCUCGUCAAAGGGCAAAGAGCGCGAAAUCAACAACAUCCCCGUGCAGACGCACCAGGGCACCCCGACGCACACCGGGCCCUCCAGCUAUUACCGCUCUCACACCGUCAUCCUCCCUCCCAUUGUCCCCCCUCCUCCCCGCGUCGACGCAGCGGGCGCGCCGCUUGCAUGGACAACGUACCCUAACAGCUGGGCGAACGGCACGCUCGCGCCCACGAUGGGUCCUAUAGGCUACGUGCCCCAGCACGUAUACUACCCCUCCCCGCAUUACCGUCCACAUACGACCGAAUACCCCCCAGCCGACCCUCCCGCGUUCAAAGGGCCUCCGCCGCCUACCGCCGCCGCCGACGCCAGCUCGUCCGCUGGCGCAUCUACGUCCCGCGGUUCAUCUGCUUCCCAGGCCGCGGCCCAGCAGCAGCAGCAGCAGCAGCCACCGCCCCCGAGCACUAGCUCGAGCACUAUUAUUGAUCCGCAUCUGAAUGAUAAUUCAGAGCUUACGGAGGCAGAGGUUCUAGCAGCCGUGCGAGCGGUGCUUAUGCAAGCGGAAGCGAAGGAUCAGCAAGAGCGGGAAGAGCAGGAGCGCGAGAGGGAGAGGGAGCGCGAGCGCGAACGCGAACGGGAGCGGGACAGGGAGCGGGACAGGGACAGGGACAGGGAGCAGCAGAAAGGACAACGAAAACGACAACGAGAGCAAAGCGACUCUGAUCCACACCAGCACCAGCACGAAGACGACAACACCGACGAUCUGUCAGAUCGAACCGCUAUUGAUAGUAUGGAGCUGGAGGAUGUGGUGGAUAGUCUGCGUGAUUAUGUGUCGUCGCCGCUCGAGCUCGAGCGCCCGGAGCAUAUGGAGCAUAUGUUGACUGAAGAUGGAGAGCCGAUGUUGAAUCCAGCUGAACUGUUGACUCAGGAAUCUCUCGCGUCACCACCGCCAUCAUGA